AUGCUGACGUUGAUCUCAAGUCCUUGGCCUUUCGCUCAAUGGGGGCUAGAUCUGAUUGAUCCACUACCAAAGGCUAAGUGGCAGCUGAAAUAUGUAGUGGUGGCGGUGGACUAUUUUACCAAGUGGGUAAAGGCUGAGCCCCUAGCGUCCAUUACCGAGGAUAAGGUCGUUAGUUUUGUGUGGAAGAACAUAGUAUGUCGGUUCAGCAUACCGUACGCCCUCAUUACCGACAACGGCAAGCAAUUCGACAGCGCUCGAUUUAAUCGAUUCUAUCAACAGCUCGGUAUACGCCAUUUCAGCUUGUCGCCAACUCAUCCGAAGUCAAACGGGCAGGUUGAAGCUAUUAACAAAAUUAACAAACGAGGCUUGAAGACGAAGCUUGAGUCUUUGAAGGGUCGGUGGGCGGAGAGUUGCCAGAAGUGUUGUGGUCCUACCGAACUAUGCCGUGCCGCGAGACGUCGUACAGCCUAG